AACUUUAAAAAUAUAAACCAAAUUUUAUCAACUAAAAAAAAUACUCAUUUUAAAAACGAUUAAAAAUUUGUAUUUAGAAUACACUGUAUAGUAUUCCUAAUAAUAUGUUGGUGGAGAAUUAUUCAAAAUUAAAUUAUUUUUUUUUUAUAUUUACUUAUAAGAGAACCAAUCUGAAUUUAUUAUAAUAUAUUUAGAAAUCAUUAUCUAUAUAAAUAUCUUAAACUGUUUACAGUAUGCCCAAAAAUCUUACCAUUUUCAUUUGGUGAAACACCAAGCAAUGCUGGUGAUUCAGUGCAAGUCGUCUGCACUGUUGUUAAAGGUGAUAAACCUUUACGUAUUAGUUGGAAUUUUUAUGGGGAAGAGUUAUCAUCUAAUAUGGGUAUUACUACAACGCCUGUAAGUGAUUCAAUGAAUGUCUUAUCUAUACCUUCUGUCGGAACUGCAAAUCGAGGAAACUAUACUUGUGUAUCUAAAAAUUCAGCUGGAUAUGACUCGUAUACAGCUCAACUGUUGGUUAAUGGUAGCAUUUUAAAAUAAAAUUAGUAUGCUUACUGUAGAUGAUGCAGCACUCCUCUUCCAGUAGAUGCCUAUCCUCGAGGUAACUUGACAAUAAGUUUCUAACUUAAUUUUUUUGUCGUCAGUUCAUUAAAUAAGUAUUAGGGUAAUCAUCUAAAUAUUAAAAAUUAUUAAACCAUUUAUUACUCGGUGGUAGAAUCAUGAAUAGUUUUUGUUGAUCAUCAUUAAUAAUAUAACUUAUAAGUUAAUAAGUUAUAAUAAGCUAACACGUACGUUUGCAGUUCGACCACAAAUCUUGCCAUUUUCAUUUGGAGAUAAUCCCAGUAAUGCAGGUGAUAAAGUUCAAGUUGGAUGUACGGUUGCAAAAGGUGACCAACCAUUGCGUAUAAAUUGGAAUUUUUAUGGCGAAGAACUAUCGUCAAACAUGGGCGUUAGCACCAUGGCUGUUGGAGAUUCAAUGAAUGUUUUAUUUAUUCCAUCCGUUGCUCCUUCGAAUCGAGGAAAUUAUACUUGUGUAGCAAAAAAUCCUGCUGGAUAUGAUUCAUAUACGUCUCAACUUUUGGUUAAUGGUAUACAUUAUACCUAUACUCUUUAGUCUAUAUUAUUAAAUACACGCAACUAUUGUUUAGUAGUGCAACAGUUCUGAAUCCUAUUAAUUAAUCCUUUUAUCGUUUUAAAAAAUAUAUUAAUUGUAUAUUUAGGUACCUACUGAAUAAACCAACAAAACUAAAUUAUACAGUAAUUUAUUGUAUUAGAAUUGUAUUGUUGAAAAAAAAAUUGCACACAUAUUUUUACUUCCUAUAUAGUGCGUCCAAAAAUAUUACCAUUUUCUUUUGGUGAUACACCUAGCAAUGCUGGAAAUACUGUUCAAGUUGCAUGUACAGUCUCAGAAGGUGAUAAACCGUUACGUAUUAGUUGGAAUUUCUAUGGUGAAGAAUUAUCAUCAAACAUGGGCGUUAGUACUAUGCCCGUUGGAGAAUCAAUGAACGCAUUGUUUAUCUCAUCUGUUGCCCCCUCAAAUAGGGGAAAUUACACUUGUGUUGCACAAAAUUCAGCUGGGCUUGAUUCAUUUACAGCUCAACUUUUAGUUAACGGUAUCCAAUAUUACUCGGAUUUUAAUUAUUUUUACAUGUGUAUAUAUAGUGCAGCACUCUUUAUCCUAACCCUAUCCUAAUAGCGUUUAAAAUUGAAUGUAGAAAUAUAACCAUUUUGUCAUCCUAAUUAAAUAUUUCUUUGUAUCAUUACAUAUAAAAUAUAUAAUUAUGUACGAUGUACCUACAACAAAAUAAUAUUUUAUUUUAAAAUUAUAAAAAAUGUACAAUUUUAUAGAAAUAUGAAUCAGCCAUUUGGCAAUAUUACCUAUAUAUUGAUUCUUACAGUACGUCCUAAAAUAUUACCAUUCUCUUUUGGUGAUUCACCAAGCAACGCUGGAAACCCUGUACAAGUCGGGUGUACUGUUAUGGAGGGUGAUAAACCUUUACGUAUUACUUGGAAUUUUUAUGGCGAAGAAUUAUCAUCAAACAUGGGUGUUAGUACUAUGCCUGUUGGAGAUUCGAUGAAUGUUUUGAUUAUACCAUCGGUGGUUCCUUCUAACCGCGGAAAUUACACUUGUUUAGCAAAAAAUUCAGCUGGAAAUGAUUCUUUUACUGCUCAGCUCUUAGUAAAUGGUAGUGAUUUUACUCCCCAAUUAAAAGUAACUAUUAGAUUUACUAUAAUAUAAUGUGCAUAUGUUUUUAAAUCUUUAGUUAUUAUUUAUUAUUUAUGCAUAUAUUUCCUCAUUUAAUUCUAUUGAAUCAUAAUUGAAAAAUCCUUUAAAACGAUUAAAAAUAAAAUGAAUUUGGGUUGUAGUACACGUGUCGAACAUUUAAAUGUAUUACUAAGAACUACCUAUUUCAGUAUUACCAAAGAUCGUACCUUUUUCGUUUGGAGACGGACCGGUAAAUUCUGGCGAAUCUAUUCAAGUCGUGUGUUCGGUAUCAAAGGGCGAUCGUCCAAUGUCAAUAACUUGGAGUUUUUAUGGUGAAGCGUUAUCGUCCGAUAUGGGUGUGACCACACAAAUGUUGGGAGAUACGACUAAUUUUUUGUCUAUUCCUUCGGCUGGUCCUUCAAAUCAAGGAAACUAUACUUGCAUCGCUAAGAACAAUGCAGGACUUGACACGUAUACUUCACAGCUCGUGGUCUACGGUAUUUAACAAAAAAAAAAAAACGGGAAUAACGAUAAUGUUAACAAAACUAGCAGCAUGGUUAACGCGUAACGAAUUAUCGUUUAGUUUUACAAGGAGACACUAUUAACAACAGCACUGCAGCUUAAUAUUCCUAUUAUAAUAACAAUAACUAGAGGUAUUUAUUAUAAAUAUAUUUAUAAUCGUUUAAACUGAUUCGUCUAUCAUAUUAGGUGUAUAUUAGUUUAGACGUCAAUGUCGGUAUAGGUAUCAUUAGCUGAUGUAAAUACUAAUUGUAAAAUAUUAAUUUGUUUAGUUCAUAGUGUUCCCCCUAUCACUACACCACCUAACUUAUAUUGCAUUUAUACACAAAUGAGUUUUUGGACGUUGUUGGUAAUUAUUUUUAGUAUUACCCAAAAUUUUGCCGUUUUCCUUCGGAGACGGACCCGUCAAUGCCGGCGAGUCUGUCCAACUGUCUUGUUCAGUGGCCAAAGGCGAUAAACCCAUGUCGAUAACUUGGAGUUUUUACGGCGAAGAACUGUCUUCCCACAUGGGUGUCACCACGCAAAUGUUUGGUGACACGACAAAUUUUUUAUCGAUCCCUUCAGUCAGUGGCUCGAAUCGGGGAAAUUACACUUGUGUCGCUAAAAACUCGGUUGGGCUCGACUCGUUUACAUCUCAACUGAUGGUCAACGGUACAAUAACGAGUUAUUUUUAUAUUCAUCGCAUGUCCCGUACAUUAUAAACCAUAAUAUUUUAUUGUUCUCAGCACAACGCUUACAACAGGUGGUGAGUUUUUUCCUGUAAUUUAUCCAAUUUAACAAAUACACACGAUCUCGUCCUCGUGAUCAUAGGCGCAAAUUGGGGGAGGCUUGGGGUUGCUAAGCCCCCCCCCCCCCCAAAAAUAAAAAACC